AUGGAGCGUGGCCGUCGUGAGCGACCGGCGCCGAUCGCCGUCGUGCCCGUUAUCCUCGUUAUUGCGUGCAUUGCGAGACAAAUACGAGCAGCAGCGAACGACCCUAGGGAAGCAGCAGCGGGUGCAGCAGCGGCAGGGGCGGCACUAGGACCAGAAGCGACAUGGAAGCUACCACUGGCGGAAGAAUGCGCGGGCGGAGGCGGAGCAAUGCCGCGCGCGCUUGGGAGAGCGGGCACCGGCGCGGACGCCGCACGCAAUGGAUCUCCGCUUAGCGAGGGAUGGGGGGACAUGAACGCGGGCGAGGGUACGCGGUACCCGGUGGAGCCGCGGAGGGGCGUUGUGACGCGCGGGGGAAGGCAAGCGGGGCGCGGCGGAAAGCAAGCGGGGCGCGGGGGAAGGCGCGUGGGGCGUAUCCUCCUGCAUGAGAUGGAGGAAGGCGGGGCGGUGGUGGGGCGCGUGGCGGCCCUUGAAGACGAGCUCAAUGUCGCCGCGGGGGGAGCCGUGGCGGGGCCAGCGGUGGCGGGGGGAGCCGUGGCGGGGGAAGUGGUGCCGGGGGGGGAACAAGCGUCGCAGCAACCCGCGUUGCAGGCUGCUGCGCCGGCAGCACAAGGCACUAGUGAGAAUGGAAGCGUGGCAGGUGCUGGCACGGCCGUGGGAUCAGCAGGAGGAGAGGAGAGAGGGGGUGAGCCUGGAGAGGCGGGCGGCGGCGGGAAGGGAGAUGAAGGAAGAAUGGAGGGGGGUGGGACUGAUAGCGGGAGUUCUGCUGCUGCUGCUUCUGCUGCUGCUUCUGCUGCUGGGACCAUCAAGCUUGACUGGACCCGCCCCCUGACCAUGAAGCAGAGGGUAGAAGAGGACCAGCGCAAGGUGGACAGGGGGGUGUGCAGCGGUACAGUGCGGUACGACAACCAGUACAGCAGGGGGCACAUGGCAUGGAUACCGCUCCCCGGGCGAUACGUGCUCAUGGAUUGCCAUCGCAACCAGCUGAGCAAUCGGGUGCGGUGCAUCCGUAACUACCUCACGCUCACAGGCUACCUCAACCGCACCCUCGUCGUGCCCCUUCACGCCGCAGAUGCAAGCAGCACCAACGGGAACAGCAGCAGCACGGCGCCUGCUGCUGCUGACUCGCACGGCAACAGGUUGAGCUACGACCGGCGUGUAUUCUUCGACGUAGCGCACGCACAGCUGUGCUUUGGACCCACCACUGUCAUGACCCCACAGGAAGUGCUGCUGCGCUUGCAGGGAGACGACGGCACAUACAGCACACGAGCUGCUGGUGUGACCACCAGUGCUGCUGAUGCGCCUGGUGCUGCCGAUUGGACCAGAGCAGCUGGUGGGGCGGUCGCUGCUGCCUCCAGCACAGCGAGUGCUGUGGAUGAGAAUACAGGCAGCUCUGAGGCUACAGCGCCUACUGCCCCUACUGCGGCUCCCGGUGAUGCCGCAGGUGCAGCUGGGGGGACGAACAGCCAAGCCACAGGGCUGAAAGGCUCCCCGCUGCAUGAUGCCCUGCGUGUGGACCAGGUAGUGUGUCUCACAGGCCCUUGCUACAACCAGCAGGGCAUGGGCGAACCAGACCACCUGCCAGAUCUAGCCCGUGUCACCUUCUCCCCCACACUCGCCUGGACUUAUGCCAAUCUCUCCGCCAGCCAUCCGAUUAACAGCACCGAUGCUGCAUACAUCGACUCCCUCCUCCUCCCCUCCUCUCCCUCCUCUCCCUCAUCUCCCGCCCCCUCCCUCGCCUCAUCUUAUAUGGUAACCUUUGGCGAUUUAGGAUCUACGAUGAUGGAUGCGUCUAGGAGUCCCCAGGGCGAGUACAUGAACGGUCUAGAUGUUCCCUUCUUCAGUCUGGACGGCUGCAACAACCGCCUAGCCAUUCAGCCUCAUCCCGCUGUGCUGGCUGCUGCAGAUGCGUUUGUGAGGCGCGUUGUGCUGGGGGCGAGGGCGAGGGAGUGGGAGGGUGCUUCUGGGGAUAACAGCAGCGACAACACAGUCGGAAAUAGCAGCAGCGGCGGCGGCAGUGGGAGUGGGAGUGGCAGUGGGAGUGGGAGUGGGAGGUACAUGGCAGUGCACUGGAGGCGGGGCGAUAUGAUGAGCCAGUACAAGAAGGCGGGGCAUGUGAGUGCGCAGCAGGCGGGGCUGUGUGUAGCGCACAAGAUGCAGCGCUCCUACAACACCUCAGCCCUCUUCCUUGCCACUGACGCCGGUGCUGAUGAGAUCUCCGAGUUUGAGAAGUCUGAUUAG